AGAGCUGAUUGGUCAGUGGGCGGUGCUUUUACACCCGGCGAUCUGUAUCUCGAACAUAACCUGCUCCGGAGCAGGUUAGCGGUUCAGCAUAAGUUACCAUGGCGAUGUGCCCCGCUAAGAAGUGAACCACCGUCGUAGUCCUGAAAACCCAGGGUUAAACCUGAAGUUACCUCGCUAACCCCAAAUCCCGCUUCGUAGUACAGGCCCCUGGAGAAUCCAUAAUAAUCUUCUGAGCUGCAGCAGGGACAGCUCCGAGUAGUGUGCUGCCCUCGAAGGCGUCGUUUAUACAGACACAACACGCUUGAGACGCCUCUUUGGCAGAAACCUGAACAACGCGCAGGGAGAAGUGUGAAGUGCUGCAGUGGGCUAUUGUCUCGAAUGAGAGCGCUUUUGUCCGACAGCUUUGGUAAUCUCUGAAGGGCACACAUGGCCCACCGUGUGCACGACCACCAGAACCUGCCAGUGGCCCAGACAGCUGUGCUGACCCUGCCACCAUCCAGCCAAGCAAAGGACCUGCUGCCCAGACUGAGUCCUGUGGAUUCUCUGCUGUGUGGUGCGUUCGCUGGAGCUGUGGCAAAAACAGUCAUAGCACCUCUAGAUCGCACCAAAAUCAUUUUCCAAGUGUCCUCAAAGAGAUUUUCAGCUAAGGAGGCCUUCAGGGUCAUCUAUGCUACGUACGUGAAGGAUGGGCUGCUCGGUCUGUGGAGGGGGAACUCGGCCACCAUGGUGAGGGUCAUGCCCUACGCCGCCAUCCAGUUCUGCUCUCACGACCAAUACAAAAGGCUGCUGGGGGGCUACUACGGCUUCCAGGGAAAAGCUCUGCCUCCGUUCCCGCGUCUGCUGGCCGGCUCCCUGGCCGGUACGACAGCAGCCAUGCUCACUUACCCUCUGGACACGGUCCGCGCCCGGAUGGCUGUCACCGCCAGAGAAACGUACAGUAAUAUCAUGCAUGUCUUUGUGCGCAUCUCCCAAGAGGAAGGUGUGAAAACACUUUACAGAGGCUUCACCCCCACCAUCCUGGGUGUCAUCCCAUAUGCAGGGAUCACAUUCUUCACUUAUGAGACCCUCAAAAAACUACACGCAGAGAAGACGAAGCGAUCACAGCCUUACCCUUACGAGCGCUUGGUGUUCGGUGCUUGUGCGGGCCUGAUCGGACAGUCUGCUUCGUACCCGCUGGACAUUGUUCGACGGCGCAUGCAAACAGCCGGCGUAACCGGCUCAUCUUACGUGACGAUUCUAGGGACAAUGCGUCACAUUGCAUCGCAGGAAGGACUCAUACGUGGGCUGUACAAAGGCCUGAGCAUGAACUGGGUCAAAGGGCCCAUCGCAGUGGGGAUUAGCUUCACCACAUUUGAUAUCACGCACGACCUCAUGAUGAAGCUGCAUCAGAUGGGUUUUUUUAUUCACUGAUUCAGGUGGGAGCCCGAGGGGGGAAACGAGAAGCGUUGAUGAGCCUGGCACAAAGGAGGAGGAGUGGGGGGGGGGUGCUACAAGGUAGUAACAAGCCUUAGCGCUGUGCAGGACUGUCCCCCUGCACAGUCCUGACCCUUCACGUUGUGAGAGAGGAGGGUGAGCGGACAGAAGGUCUGUUGUACUCAUGGAAACACAACCACAAACUUCUUUCUUUCUCUGCUAAUAAACGGUUAGUGUUUACUGUCAUAGGGAGUGAGGAUACAACAGAAGAAGUGGUUUUACAUUGCAGUUUAAGCAAUCAACUCUCAUGAAAUCAUCCCAGCAUCAGGAAGGCUAAAAUGAUGGCAAAGGGAAACGUUUUUAAUCCUAGCACUUUAUCGUUUCACUUUAUCACAUCAACAGAGACGGUCUUUUUUUAAUCAUUUUAAACUGAAGAGAAACUUUAGUUAGCUUUUUUUUUUCUUAUAAUUGUGUUUUCUUUUCAGCAGAUAAUGUGUAACUAAAGGGUGAUUAAUGCAAUAUUUAGGUUUCAUGAUCGUGCCAAUGUGGUUCAAGUUGAGAGAGUGAAUAUUUGUGGGUUGGUGAUCAUGUCAGCAGGACUGCACGGUUUCACCGUCCAUCCAGCGCUCUAGCGCGGUAAAAUUAUAGUACUUAUAAUGUUUGAUAAGUUGGACUUAAGUUUAUGAUGAAUAAAUCAAUAUAUAAAAAUAUAUUUCAGGGUUUGUUUUAUGUACAUAUUGAGAUGUCUUUUUCUUUUUUUUAACCUGUGCUCACAUUGUUGUACGGAUUCUCACAUUGCUGUCACCUGCUUGUACAGCAUUGUUUAACUCACUCAUGAUUUUCAUGUGAAAUUAGGAGAAAUUAAAAAUUUUUCCAACAGUUUGCACCUCAAAGGUAAAGUUUGUCCAAAGAUGUCAGUUGAUGGUUUGGCUUUGCAAUAAAGUUUCCAUUAACAA